AAGAGCGGCGGGCACGGCGGCGGCUGGAUUCUCCGGCAACGAGCGGAGCGGGCGGGCUCUCCUCACACGAGCGCUUCCUCGCGGAGAAGCUGGAGUUGCGGCAGCGCAGGCCUGGGUCGCCGCCUGCUUCCGUUUUCCUCAGGGGUCUGCUUGUCUUGCGACGCGGCUCAGGAAUUUAACAAGAAACUGAAGUUUUGGUUCAAAUAUAUUUUGAAUUGAAGCCAGAAAUGUACUAGAAUUUAGAUUCUUUCAUUUGACUAAGGGAUCUGUUCAAAGAUUACAUCUCUGACUAAAGAACUGUGUAAAUCAAGGUAUGGUCUGAAUAUGCGUUGUUUGGCAGCUCGGGUCAACUAUAAGACUUUGAUUAUCAUCUGUGCACUCUUCACUUUCGUCACAGUACUUUUGUGGAAUAAGUGUUCCAGUGACAAAGCAAUCCAGUUUCCACGGCACUUGAGUGGUGGAUUCAGAGUGGAUGGAUUAGAAAAAAGAACAGCAUCUGAGAGUAACCACUAUGUCAACCACAUGGCCAAGCAGCAGUUGGAGGAGGCAUUCCCUCAGGAACAGCAGAAAGCACCCCCUGUUGUUGGGGGCUUCAAUGGCAAUGCGGGGAGCAAGGUGCUAGGGCUCAAAUAUGAAGAGAUUGAUUGUCUCAUAAAUGAUGAACACACAAUUAAAGGGAGGCGAGAAGGGAGUGAAGUCUUUCUUCCCUUCACUUGGGUAGAGAAAUACUUUGAUGUUUAUGGAAAGGUGGUCCAGUAUGAUGGCUACGAUCGAUUUGAGUUCUCUCAUAGCUAUUCCAAAGUCUAUGCGCAGAGAGCCCCUUACCAUCCUGAUGGUGUGUUUAUGUCCUUUGAAGGCUACAAUGUGGAAGUCCGAGACAGAGUCAAGUGUAUAAGUGGAGUUGAAGGUGUGCCAUUAUCUACACAGUGGGGACCUCAAGGCUAUUUCUACCCAAUCCAGAUUGCACAGUAUGGGCUAAGUCAUUACAGCAAGAAUCUAACUGAGAAACCCCCUCACAUAGAGGUGUAUGAGACAGCAGAAGAUGGGGACAGAAACAUCAGACCUAAUGAAUGGACUGUACCCAAGGGCUGCUUCAUGGCCAGUGUGACUGACAAGGCUAGAUUCACAAACGUUAAGCAGUUUAUUGCUCCAGAAGCCAGUGAAGGUGUAUCCUUACAGCUGGGAAACACAAAGGACUUUAUUAUCUCAUUUGACCUCAAGUUCUCAACAAAUGGAAGUGUGUCUGUGGUUCUAGAGACCACAGAGAAGAACCAGCUCUUCACUGUGCACUACGUCUCAAAUACCCAACUCAUCGCUUUUAAAGACAGAGACAUAUACUACGGCAUUGGGCCCAGAACCUCAUGGAGUACAGUUACCAGGGACCUGGUCACUGACCUCAGGAAAGGAGUGGGCCUUUCCAACACAAAAGCCGUCAAGCCAACCAAAAUCAUGCCCAAAAAGGUGGUUAGGUUGAUUGCAAAAGGGAAGGGAUUCCUGGACAACAUUACCAUCUCAACCACAGCCCACAUGGCUGCAUUCUUUGCUGCUAGUGAUUGGCUUGUGAGGAACCAGGAUGAGAAAGGUGGCUGGCCAAUUAUGGUGACCCGGAAGUUAGGGGAAGGGUUUAAGUCUUUAGAGCCAGGGUGGUACUCUGCUAUGGCACAAGGGCAAGCCAUUUCUACCUUAGUCAGGGCCUACCUUCUAACUAGAGACCACAUUUUCCUCAAUUCAGCUUUAAGGGCAACAGCCCCAUACAAGUUUAUGUCAGAGCAGCAUGGAGUUAAAGCUGUGUUUAUGAAUAAACAUGACUGGUAUGAAGAAUAUCCAACCACACCUAGCUCUUUUGUUUUAAAUGGCUUUAUGUAUUCUUUAAUUGGGUUGUAUGACCUAAAAGAAACGGCAGGGGAAAAGCUUGGGAAAGAAGCCAGGUCCCUGUAUGAGCGUGGCAUGGAGUCCUUAAAAGCUAUGCUGCCCUUGUACGAUACUGGCUCAGGGACCAUCUAUGACCUCCGCCACUUCAUGCUGGGCAUUGCUCCCAACCUGGCCCGCUGGGACUACCAUACCACUCAUAUCAACCAGCUGCAGCUGCUCAGCACCAUUGAUGAGUCCCCAAUCUUCAGGGAAUUCGUCAAGAGGUGGAAAAGCUACCUGAAAGGCAGCAGGGCAAAGCACAACUAGAGCUUGCAACCAAAAGCGCACCUCAGCCUCUUCUGAAUGCGGAGGCUCCGGCUCUGCCUUAGCAGCAGAGCUCAGCAGGCAUCGGCACAUUUUCAAGGAUGCAUAUUAGGAUUUUUCGGGUUACAGAGAUGUGAUAAGAGGUAAGAGCCUGAAAACCAGUCUUCUGAAACAGUUGCAUUCUGAGGGUCGGAUGUUUAGAAAUGUGGGCAGCAUUCAGAGCAGAAAGUGUUUAGUUAGUGGACUGAGCAAAGAGGUUGCUCUCCACUUUUCUUUGCCCAUCUUUCAGGCCCUCCACAGAGUCACUCUCAGUCUGAGAAAGAUAGUGAUAAGAAGCGAUGGCUGGCCUGCUGCUCAGCACUCACCUGAAAAACUAGUGUGGAGCUCUUUUAAAAUGUGAUUAUUUAUAUUUAUACUGAAAGCAGACUUUUUAAAAAACAAUGUGCUGUAAUACAGUAAAUGUGUGUGUAGCCUGGAUAGUAGAUGGUGUUCAACUUUUGAAAAGUAUUUCUUUUCCUGUAGGUUCAUUUCUUGGGAGUGAGUGAGAGUUUAUUGCAUUUGUUCAAUUGUUACAUAUGGACACUUUUGGAUUAUAGUUUUCUUGAACUGUGUAAAUUACAAACACAGCCCAUGUUCAGGCUUCACAGUUCUGUAGUGUAAGCACAACUGAAACAAAACUGUUGACUGCACAAGAAAUGACAAAAAUGCUAUGUUUUAUGAAACUUGAUCUACAAUCAGUAAAAGUUUGAUAAUCAUCUGUCCCUCCCUCUGUCCCUAAUGCGAUGCUUCUUUGUAUUUCAUUUCAUACUACACUUUGAUAGUUUUGUCCAUUUGGGGGGGCAUUACAUGGAAUAUUUAUUAUAGACUUAUACUGGUGAAGGAGCUAGUAAUUUGAAGUCCGCCUUCUGUCCCUUUUAGGAAUUCUUUUCCCCUUUUAAAGGGAAAUUGCUAAGUUAAUUCCUGCAUACAGCAAUCACAGUAGAGCCUUUCCUAGCUAGAUUGUUUUGGGUCAUCACUUUCCAAACCGUGAGUUCUAUCAGCUUUUCCUCUCAAACUUAAUCUUAAAUUGUUUCAGCUAUGAAAUGGAGGAGAUGCUAUUACAUCUGCCAUCCAUGUCAUCAGAUGUUCCUUAGGUUAUGUGUGACCCUCCCAUAAGGUUUUGUGGCUCUGGGGCCAUGGGCUUUAAGCCCUGUGUCCACAGGGCUUUAAGCAUGAGAUUAGAGCCAGCAGGGAUUGAUUUUGCUUUGGCUUCUGUUUGGAGGACAGUACAGUGCAUACAGUUUAGUACCAUGAGCCCCACAUUUUCUAGGACAGAACCAUGCAGUUUACCUGUGAUACCUGUCAGAUGCACAUUUGAGAGCCAGGUGGAUUAUCUACCUGCACACCAUACCUUCAUUGAAUUCAGCUGCCAAGUACUGCUUGAAACUGAAGAAUAUGUACAUAUUUGUGUGCAUGAUAUAUAUGUAAAGUACAUUAGCAUCAAAGGACACAGGAGAAAAGAUCUGUGCUGAAGACAUUGAACUGCCUAUAGAGAAUAAGCUUAAAUUCCCAAUUUAUAUGACCACAACUCUUGGUUUUGCCCACAGUGGAAAUAGGUCAUUAGGGUCCCCUUGCUUUUAACCUUCAUGGCUCUUAUAUAGCAGCAGGUGAGCGUGCACAUUUUGUCUCAGCAAUAAAGAUGGGGACUCCCUCAUUUUUAGUUUUAGUGCCGAUGUUCAAAAUGUUCAUCCAUUUGGGACCACCUUUACACCUUUACUUUAUCAAAUUUGCUACUAGAAUGGCCCCAACUUCUGCUUUGUGUUUGUAUACUGGUCUUCAGACAAGAGGAGUCAGUGAAAACAAAGUGGUACUGCUUCUGUGACAAACACCAGUGCCUUACCAGUGCGACUGUCCUUUUCCACUGAUGGAGAAAUGGCAAUUCACAGCUGUUGGUUUUCCACUGCCUUCCACGUUGCAGCAGCUACUGAUCUGUCUUGUGAUCCCACAGUGGCCUAAGAGGGCGUGCUGAGCUGUAGCAGCUCUGUGUGUGCAGUGCUUGCCAGACUUGAGACCUCUGAGUCAUCUGGAGUGCAGGUAUGCUUAAGUCUGCCGGGAAGCGUGCUCUUCUGCAUGUUUGACAAGCACUGGAGAUGUGCUGGGGGAGAGCUGGGCACAUGAAGAGGAGCACUGCCCAGGACCAUCUACUACAUUUUUGCCUCCAGAAAACUACAGUUUCUGAGGCUUUUACAUUAUGUAAAAUGUUUACUUAUUCUGAGUUUAGAGAGAAUGGGGAGGGUAUUUUUAAAGUGUUGGGUUUUUUUAUAUUUUUCUUUAAAAUUAAAUGUAUUGAUAUUGUUCACUUAUCUUGAGUUAGCUCUGAUGUUAAGUCUAUUGCCACUUCUGUUGUAAAAACCAGCCAAAAGCUUCUGGACAGAGGUCAUGUUUGAUCCUUUAGGAGUUAGUGUAUAUAAAGGCUUCAUCCCGAGCCACGCAGUGUUCGUGAGCAGGUGCAGACAUGGCACAUAAGCACAGCUCUCCAGAUGUGGCGGGCCUUUUUCUUUGUUGUUAUGCAAACUUUCCCAAAAGCUGCUAUUUUCAUCUCCUUGGAAUUGUUUUCUUGAUUCCCCUCCAUUGUACAUGUGGGCUGUAUGCCAUGUGUUAAAUAUGCAAUAAAGUGUUUACUGGAUGCCCUGCUGAAGGGUGGUCCUCUGUAAAGCUGUACAGACUUUGCAGUUUAAGCACAAUGUGCACAUGUUAGUUUUAUAUACAGCGAAACUUGAUUUUUUGCAAAUGGAAAGGUAUUUUGUUUCUAUAAAAAGUAAAUGGGUUGUUUGUGCUUAAUGUAAAGCUGCUUUAUAAAGUUGUAAAAUAAAGUUUUUAUCUUAAAAAAUA